AUGACAUCUGAACGGCUGACCAAGAACGGUUAUACAGCAGUAGCAUGCUAUAUGGGGUUUCUGCUCUCGGCAGGAACCGUUGUCCAGAUCAUCACCACGAGGGUUCUUCUUCUCAAAGACAGUGGCAAACGACAGCUUAUUCCUUAUCUUCUUAACAUCGUGGUGUCCAACAGUUUGGUCAUUCUUGGGAGUUUCCCAACGACUUUCAUCUCAUCUUUAAGAAAUGGAUGGUACUUUAGCGAUGCUGUUUGUCGAUUUAGUGGAUUGAUUGCUGGCGUGGGAUGCAUCGCAAUGAUUGCAACGAUGGCUUGUAUAACCGUCAAAGUGCAUUUUCUAGUGAAGCACCAGAAUGCAGUUGUCAAUCAUAUCAUUAACAAACCCGAAGGUAAAUCCUAUAUCAAAGUUCUGGCAGCAAUAUGGAUAUAUUCCUUCCUUCUGAUGCUUCCACCGAUUGUUGGAUGGACCGACAUGGAACUAGAGGCAGCAGAAACGAACUGCGUUCCCGACUGGUCGCCAGAAAGCCUUCCUGAUAAGAUCUACAUUAUAUUUAUGUUUGUUUUUGCUUACGUCGUUCCUGUCGGAUUGUCGAUUUGCUUUCUCUUUAAGACUCAAAGAAAGUUGUCAUCUCACAUAAACGACAUGGGCCAACAGUUCGCCAAUAUUCGACUUGGCAGCUUGAGGAGCAUCUACAAAAUGUCAGCAGUUGCCGUGAUCGCCUUUUCGUUAGCUUGGCUGCCGUACGGCUUGUUCGUGGUUAUUUCUCUUUCCACGGGRAAUAAGAAAAUUUUUAGUCCUGAAGGAACAAUGAUACCGGCGUUGACAGCUAAGACUAGCGUAAUCAUUAACCCUUUCAUCUAUGCUCUCGUGCUUCCAAGAUUUCGGCAAUCCGUCAUACGUCUUUUCCUAUGUAAUAAAGGUAACAUAGGUUCGCAGAACGACAAUGCCAUUGCUGUAGAAGCAAACUUGAACUCAAACCGUCUGGUUGGAAAACGUGGAUCUCAGAUUGUAAAUGACGGGAAUGGAUCUGGGACUAAGCUGCCAAAAGUGGAGGAUCAGCACGUCCGUAAAUAGCAAAUCAAAAAUCGACCUCUCGGCGAUAGGGACAAGAAAGUUAUAUUUGUGCAACCACGCAAAAUGAAUUCUGAUGUACUUGCAUGUUUCAUGUUGAGAAUGUUUUGUGAAAGUGCUUUCAGCUUUUAUGAGAUCGUCUAAACAACCGCCAUAUUGGACUUGCUUAUCAAGAUUUUCCGUUCAAAGCUACAGUAUGGUGCUAUUAUGAUGGAAACCCAUAAUUAUGAAUCUGGGAAUUCGAAACAGUAGCUACUCMGCGUCCAGUUCGAGAGUGUUUAACCCGCAUAACAACAAACAAUUCUUAUUAAUUGAAUUCAAGAUAUUCAACUUUGUGCAUGUUCUACCUAAUGCCCACGCACGUGCACCGCACGUGUCAGUGUCGGCGUUCGACUUUGGGUUAGUGAGCUAUA